ACAAAACAUGGUCUGCCUGCACUCAACACUGAAGCAAAAGAGUCGAAGAUGCGAUGGGUAAAAACAAAGCCCCGUGUAAAAGUGUCCGAAAACCGUGCGUAGCAUCAAACAAAUCGUAACUCGGCCAGAAAAUCCAAGAGCCGUUGUUUUGGGGGUCGCGUGUGCAGUGCCGUUUUAAUUGUCGGUAAUCGCAAAACCCACCAAAAAAUUAAGGAUUUUUUCGAAAAAACGUUCGCCUUAAACGCAUUUUGUUCACUUACACACAACCACACAUAUACACGCGCGAAUGCGAACACACACACGCACAGUCGCAGACAAACACAACGCGCAGCGCAUAUACACACACAAAGAAGAGAAGGCAGUGAAAAUCGACAAGCGCACGCAUGCACAUACACACACACACACAUACAGUGACGAACACGCAGGCGAAAAAGUGUUGAUAUAUAUCCAAUAUAUUGAUGUUGUGUGCACCGUUGUUGUUGCUGCUACUGCUGUGUGAGUGAGAGUGAGCGAGAGAAGGAGAGUUAGUGCGCGCAGGAUAAAGCGAAGAUGUGCCACAAAGCAAAGGAGUGAAAAAAUAAUUAACGGCAAAGAGAGUGCAAGGCGAAGAGCGGAUAAAAGAGAAGCAGCAACAACAGUAAUAAUAAUACAAACAACAACAUUAACAACGACUAGGGGUCCCCUACAACUACAACUACAAAUUGGCCCUCUCAUUUUGGCAGUCGCAUAGCCCAUCUCGCUCUCUCUUUCGUUGGGGGAUACGAAAAAGUUCACAUGCAACAACAACGACAACAAACAAUAGCAGUCGCAGUCGACGCGGGCAGAGGCAGAGGCAGCGACAUAGACCGCGGCGCACUGAACGUAUUUUGUACAUAUAAACAAAAAUAGUUUUUAAACUCCCCGAAAUCUAAAUCUAAAUCUAAAGUUAAAACUUAAAAACCUAAAGCCCUAAGCAUAAAUCUACAGUAAAUAAGUUAAUUAAAAAAUUGAGCAAAUCAAGCAGAGUGUGGAGAGGGGAAGACCGUUAGAAAGGGGAGAAAGCAAAGAGAAAGAGACACAUAGAGAGAGAAAAGAGAACGCUCAAAAGAAAUUCGCCUUUUACACGAUUUUAAAUUGAGCGUUUGGCAGAGAUCCAUUAUACAUCCAUCCAAAAAAGAAAGAGAGAGAAAGAGAUACAGAGGAGAGGAGCAAAAACAAACAAACGGGGGAGCAGCUGAAGAACAAGAAGAAGAAGAAGCAGCAGCAGGAGCAACUGUAAACACACACAAUCUCAGCCUCACGCUGGCGAAUCGCAACGGCAGCAACAACAACAGAGGAGGAGGAGGCGGCGACGCUGCUGGGGGCGGGGCAGCUGUGCCCGCCGCUGCCCGCAACAAUAACAACGGUGGAGGAGGCGCAGGUGGAGGCGGUAACAACAACAAUGGAGGAGGCGGAGGAGCGGCUGCAGUCGGCGCUGGCGCCGAAGGGGCAGCAGCAGCAGGAGGAGCUGGCGGUGCAGCAGGAGCUGGAGCUGGCAGAGACGGCGCGGCAGCAGGAGCGGCAGCCAACGAAUGGAAUCCGGAGGAAAUGGACCGCUUUAGCUUCGACGAUUCAAUCCGCUUCGAAGAGGACUCAUUGUGCAGCUGGAGCUCUGAACCGGAAUCGCUGUGCAACAACUGGCGCGGUUGGAAGAAGCCCGCUGCGGGCAGCGGUGCUGGCAGCGGCGGCCUAAACGGUAUGGGUGGCAUGGCGGUAGCUGGCGGCUCAGGAGCAUAUUCGUUCGGUGGAGCAGGUGCCUCCGGUUCAUGUACACCGGGCGGCAGUGGAACGGCCAUGGCAAAUACAUCCACCUGCGACAGAUAUUUUGAAGUAUCGACAUUGGCCGAACUGGCAGCCCGUUGUGUUGCCUCCUAUAUACCAUUCGAACUGGUGGAGCACGUCUAUCCACCAGUGCCGGAGCAGCUACAGCUGCGCAUUGCGUUCUGGAGCUUUCCGGAUAACGAGGAGGACAUCCGAUUGUAUUCCUGCCUGGCCAAUAGCUCGGCGGAUGAGUUUAAUCGCGGUGAACUCUUGUUUCGAUUGCGAGCUGUCAAGGAUCCUUUGCAAAUAGGAUUUCAUUUGUCGGCCAGUGUGGUUAGUCAAUCGCCGCGUGCCACCUUCAAUGUGGCCGUAACCUUUGACCGUCGACGCAUAUCCUCUUGCAAUUGCACCUGCACCUCAUCAGCCUACUGGUGCUCCCACGUAGUCGCCGUUUGUCUACAUCGCAUUCAUUGCCCCCAGGAAGUAUGUUUGCGUGCUCCGGUAUCCGAAUCGCUGACCCGCCUGCAACGCGACCAGCUGCAAAAGUUCGCCCAGUAUCUGAUUAGCGAGCUGCCUCAGCAGAUCCUGCCGACGGCCCAGCGGCUCCUGGAUGAGCUGCUCAGUGCCCAGCCAACGGUGAUCAAUACGGUGUGCGGUGCACCCGAUCCCACGGCUGGUGCCUCGAUCAAUGACCAGACCAGCUGGUAUCUGGACGAGAAAACGCUGCAUAAUAACAUUAAAAGGAUUCUCAUAAAGUUCUGUUUGCCCGCCCCGAUAGUGUUUAGUGAUGUUAACUAUCUGACGAAUUCGGCUCCCCCAGCGGCGGCCGAGUGGACAUCUCUGCUCCGACCUUUACGAGGUCGUGAACCGGAGGGUAUGUGGAAUCUGCUAUCGAUUGUACGCGAAAUGUACAGGCGCUGUGACCGGAACGCAGUGCGUCUAUUGGAGAUUAUCACAGAGGAAUGUUUGUACUGCGAUCAGAUACUAAUCUGGUGGUUCCAGACGAAGCUAGCGUUGAUGAUGGGCUCCCAUGGUCAUUCAGGCGGUAAGCACUCGAACACACACUCCAAUUCCACGGCUCUGCAGCAUGCCUGUAGUUCGCUGUGCGAUGAGAUUGUGGCCCUAUGGCGAUUGGCAGCGCUUAAUCCCGGCCUGGCGCCGGACGAGCGGGAUAUGCUGCAUGCCCAGUUCACGGCCUGGCAUCUGAAGAUACUCGAUCGUGUGGUCAAGAGUAGAAUGAUGCCGUCGUCGUAUACCAACAAGCACCAGCAGAACUCAAGAUCGGAGACGGAACUGUUUAUCGGUUUUAAGCCGGCCAUCGAGGCGUGCUAUCUGGACUGGGAGGGUUAUCCCAUUCCGGGUGUAACGCACACCCACGACACGAAUCCCAUCUACUACUCACCGUUCACCUGCUUCAAGCACACGGAUCUCAAGGGUGAAUCCAAUAAUCCCGGCCAGCUGAAUGCUACCCAGGCACUGAUGACGAACAACAAGCACUACAAUUACUUUAGUGCUUCCAGCGAUCAUGGUUUGCACGCCGGUGCCUUCAAGCAGAGAUUGGACCGACCCUUCCGGGAGUCGCGAUUCUAUUCAAAUCCAUCUGCUCUGGAGGUCUCAGCAGCACUGGCGAGCGUAGGAUCAGGAAGGUUUUCCACUGGAUUGGGUUCUGUUGGCGUCGGUGGAUCUGGUACAGGUGGUGUUGCUCAAAUAAGUGGAGGAGUGAACAACUCCGUUGGAGCAUCGGCCGCCGAAGUGAAUCCCGCACAGCAAAUGCCUAGUGGCUCAGCAGGCGUCAGUGCCUCAGUGGCUAACGCUAAGGUAGUGGUGUCAGCUGAUGGCAAUCGUUCGAGUGCCAGCAGUGAGGGAUUCUGUGAGAAUGAUGAUUUCGGUGGCGACACCAGCAGCAGUCACAACUACUGCCCACCUGGACAAGCCGUUGUCCCUGGCCAGAAGUCCGCACUGACGGAAUCGGAUUCACAGAGCAGCUUUGAUGCCGUGUCACAGCAGAGCAAGGAUGACCCACCAGUCGGUGGAGUAGGUGUUGUGGCGGGCGUAGAACAAGCCCUAUCAACAUCAGACACUUCGUCGGCCUCCUCGGCAUCGUCAUCUGCUUCUACAGCUUCGGGUAGCUCGAAUAGUUCCACCUCCUCUAUGCUGAUGGCUGGACAGGAGGCAACCGUUGAAGUUGGAGGUGCUGUACAGCAAACACCUCGUCGCCUAAGCAAAGAUGAAUCGUUUAGCAGCAGUAGCGAUGAGUUCAACCAAGGAGCAGUAGGUGGAUCAGCAAGUGGUGGAGUGAGCGGAGCCGGUGUCAGUAGAUCAGUUCCAGGAGAAGUAGCUGGAGGAGCGGGAACAACAGCUGGAGGAGAUCUCACUCCAGUGCCCAGUACUUCAGCUGCUGCUCGGGCUGCCUUGGCCGCCAACUCCGCGGUGCCUGCGAUGCCCAGUGCACCUCAUCUUGCAACCAGCGCAGCAGGUGGAUUAGGAGCACUAGGCCUGGGUGCUUCAGCGGACCAGCAUUGCAGCUCAUCCGCGCAGGCAGCUCGAGCUCUGGCAGCUGCAGUGGCCGCCUCUAGUGACAAGCCGCAAGUCUUUUCCAAUGUUCGACCCACAGAGGACGUUUGGGAUAUUCUGCUAGCAAGAGCUGAGGGAUUACAUGCCCAUGGACACGGCAGUGAGGCCUGUAUUCUGGCCGUGCGGCUAGCCGAGCAGAUGCUGGCAAGUCCUCCCAAUUUGCUCUUGGAACUGCCACCCGCACCCAAGAGAAAGGGCAAGAAGCAGAACGUGAAUCCAAUCUCGCAUCAACUGACAGUUGUGGCCUCCGCUACGCUGUCCAAGUGUGCUUUCCUCUGCACAGUUCUGUCGGAGAAUUCGGAACACUACCACAUCGGUUUUCGGAUAUGUUUGUUCGCCUUGGAGAUGCCACGACCGCCGGCAAGCACUAAACCACUGGAGGUUAAGCUGGCCAACCAGGAGGCGGACAUACUGGCACUGCUUAAGCGCCUACCUCUGGGAUCUGCGGAGUUGCAGGUGAUCCGAGAGCGAGCUGAGCAACUGCGCAGUGGAACCUUCAAGACGCGAGGGGAGGCUUUGCUGCCGAUUAACCUGGCCACGUUUAUCUUCGAUGCCCUAGUUACCCUUAGCCCGGCAAGUAGUUCUACGAUUGGCUCUGGAGUGUCUUCUAGCGUUGGAGGAGGUAAAUCUAUGGUAAACCCUAAUACCCGAUUGCUACUCUACAAGCACAGCAGCGAUGAGACUCUCGGAUUCGACGCUGCAGUAGCAGCACUGGGAUUGAAGGCUAAUGUCUCGGAAGCAGAGCAUCCGUUGCUUUGUGAAGGAACCAGACGACAGCGCGGAGAUCUAGCUCUGACAUUGCUUUCCCACUACAAGGAUGAACCGCGCAAGAUAGCCAAGAUAAUGGAGAAGCUGCUGGACAGGGACAUACACACGCUUUUGAAUGCCCCAUUCCUGCCCGCUUACUAUUCAAGUAAUCCUCCAGUUAGGACGCCAAGUAACCAGCCAACUCGCAGGGAAGAACACGACUAUGGAGGUGGCUCUGGUUGCGCCUCCUCCAACUGCAAUCCGGUAGCCAAUCUAUGUGAACUCCUGCCAGUGGAUUAUGGCAGUGUCGGAGGUAAUAGUCGGCCACACAGCUCGACGAGUGCCGAACUAGAGUUGAGUAUGUGCGCUCUAAGCAUGGCCAGCAGUGGCAGCCAGUCGGGUGGUGGCCAAGGCAUGGUGCCCACACCGAAUGCAGCUGGAGCUACGGGAACACCCACUUCUAGCAGCACUACGGCCAGUGGGAGCCAGAAUCCCAACGGAAAUCCCAGUGGCAGCGGUGGAGGAGGAAACGGUGGAGGUGGCAAUGCCGGAGGCGGUGGUGGUAGCUCGAGUAGCAGCCGAAGCAAGGAAAGUCGCUACAAGGGAAAGAGGGCAUACCCUUCGAUACCCAAUCAGCCAUCGGAAGCAAGUGCUCACUUUAUGUUUGAGCUGGCCAAGAAUGUGCUGACCAAGGCUGGCGGCAGUAGUUCCACAUCUCUCUUCACUUUGGCUAGAACCAGCCAGAAUCAUCACAUACCGCAUCGCGCCCUGCAGAUGUGCGCCUUCCAACUGGGCCUGUAUGCCUUGGGUCUUCAUAACUGUGUUAGUCCCAAUUGGCUAUCGAGGACGUACUCGUCGCACGUCUCAUGGAUCUUGGGACAAGCGAUGGAGAUAGGAGCACCGGCGAUUAGUUUUCUAAUUGACACUUGGGAGGCGCAUCUCACACCGCCCGAAGCGGCUGGCAUGGCGGAUCGUGCGUCACGUGGAUGGGAUAGCAACAUGGUUUAUCCGGCAGCAGAACUGGCCCUGUCCGUUUUGCCACAUGCAGCUGCCCUCAAUCCGAACGAGAUCCAGCGAGCGAUUCUGCAGUGCAAGGAGCAGAGUGAUUUGAUGCUGGAGCGGGCCUGUCUCACCGUUGAGACGGCAGCCAAGGGUGGUGGUGUCUAUCCAGAGGUGCUAUUCCAGGUGGCUCGCUAUUGGUACGAGCUGUACAUGAGGAACACGCCGAAUAACAGUGAGCACGAGCCGCACGACGACACCAUGGACCACUCCGCAGUAAGUUUGAGUGCACUGAUCGAGUCCCAGCAACAGCACGAGCUCCAGCAGCAACAACAGGCUGUACAGCAGCAACAGGCGGUGCAACAGCAGCAGCAGCAGGUGGUCCAGCAACAGCAGGUGGUACAGCAACAACAGCAACUUGGCAUGCCCAAUCCAGGGGUGCCAGGUGGAGUGGGUCCGGGACCCGGACUCCCUGUAGCUGUUCCCCCGCCCGUUGUUGGUUCUGUGCAGAAUCCACAGGCCCAGUUCCAGCAAGUGGGUGUCGCUUCAUUGGCUCCCAUUGGACUGACACCGUAUCCCCCAUAUAGUUUCUUCUGUCAGGGAUUGUACGCCCAUCAUCACAAUCUUAGCUAUCAGCCCGAUCAAAUACAGAUGUACAUUUCGGCUGGACCACCGCCGCCGCCACAGGCCUACGGUGGCUAUCAGCAGGCGCCACCACAGCAGCCGCCCAAUCCACAGCAACAGCAGCAGGUCGUGCAACAACAGGUGCAGCAGCAACAGCAGGUGGUGCAACAGCAGCAGCAGCAGGUCCAGAUGGCUGGACAAGCCCCACCUGGUCAUCCUGGACAGCAAGGUCAUCCGGGUCAACCGCCAUCUGGUUUCCAGCAGCAACCGCCGCCGGGAGCAUUCCAGGGGAUGCCACCGCAAGCCUACCAGGCGAUGCAACCGGGUCCUCCGGGACCACCUAUGGGCCCGCCACAGGGCUACUAUGGCCCGCCACCACCUCCGCCACCAAACGGACCGCCCGGAGUAGGCGUGGGAGUGGGCGUAAUGCCCAUGCGCCAGCACCAGCACCAACAUCCCGUGUAUCCCUUCAUGCAGCAGGCGCCGCCGCAGCCACAACAACAGCAACAGCCUCCGCCUUCGCAACCUCCCGUGCGUCAGCGGCAGCCACAUCAGUUUACACCCACCCAGCUGCGUUAUCUGCUGGCCGCCUACAACGUGGGCAUGCUGGCCAUGGAAACGUUGGCGCGUCGUGUCCACGACGACCGGCCGCAGGCGAAAUAUGCCAGGAAUCCACCGUACGGUGAGGAUGUGAAAUGGCUGCUUCGAAUUAGCAAAAAAUUGGGAACCCAGUAUCUGCACCAGUUCUGCAUCUGCGCGGUGAACUCGAUUGUCAGUCCGUUCGUUUUGCACGACGUGGCCAUCGAGUCUGCCCACUAUCUGGGCAGGAACAACCACCAGAUGGUGAUGCAACACUUGCGCUCUGCCCUGACACCGCUUGUCCAGAAGUGCCAGCAGAUGUACAUCCAGUGCAUCCACCAGAAGCUGUACCAUCUGACCCAGGGUGACUAUGAGGAGUUUGCUAGCAUUGUGGUGGCAGCACGUGCCGCCUUCCAGAUUACGCCCGAAGGCAGUGCCCAAUUCAAGGACUGGUUGCAGUCUAUCAAGCGAUCAAAAUCCUGCAAGAAAGAGCUGUGGACCCAAAUCAAUGCGGCUCUACAAAGCAACUCCAAAUGACAAAGACUUGACUCCUGCAAUCUGAUGACGGCAGUAGCAACAGCAACAUUGGCGACGGCGGCGGCGGCGGCGGCGACAGCAACAACGGUCACAGCAGAGUGCAAGUCAACAAC